CACAAGCUAUCACGGGAUGGAUGCUGGGAAUUAAUGUCUCUCAUGCUGACAUGCUUUAUAACAGCACACCAGGAAUGGAAGGAAAAGCCAUUCAUCUCACUUAAUCGGAUAUUGUAGCAUUUUUCUCAGAACCAGGCAUUGUGUAACAGAUUGUGGCUGGAUAUUAAGUGGAUUCCAGGCUUAUUAGGGCAGCUAGUUGAAGAACAUGCGUUGAAAGGAUGCAGAAAGAGAAAGAAUGAUUUUGCACCCAAACAAGUAUCUAACCAGCAGAAACAUCUCACUCAGCUGAUUUGAUCAUUUUGAUCAAGACAUGGCUUGGAAAUGGAUCAAGGCUUUUGUUUAUUUGUCAACGUGUGUCUCCUCUGCUGUCGGUAAUGAGGAAGCUUCUCGAACGAAGUGUGCUGACUUCAACAACACCACUUGGCUGGAAUACAGACAGGGCACCAAGCUCCAGGUUCAGUAUCUUCUUCUUACACGAAAUAAUGCAGACUGUGCCAGCCUCUUCACACAGGACUGCCUCAACCAUACCCAGAAGCACACGGCUUACUUCAACUCAUCACUCCCCACCAAAGUCAUAGUUCACGGAUACAGGGCUCUGGGCAGUAAACCUUCCUGGGUGAGUGGCUUAGCCCAGGCUCUCCUGCGGGAAGAGAAUGUGAAUGUUCUGGUGGUCGACUGGGUCUAUGGAGCCUCCUUUGCUUAUAACCUGGUGGUUGAGAACUACAAGGAGGUGGCAGUGCAGAUUUCAGUGCUUAUCAAUCAGCUUACGAAAUAUGGAAGCACACUGGAAUCUUUCCAUUUCAUUGGUGUGAGUCUUGGAGCACAUGUGUCUGGAUUUGUUGGGACCCUAUUUGAAGGCAAGCUGGGUCGAAUUACAGGUCUGGACCCAGCAGGCCCAAUGUUCAAGAGUGCUGAUCCAUUUGAUCGUCUGGAUUCAUCCGAUGCUUUAUUUGUUGAGGCCAUUCACACUGACUCUGACUAUUUUGGUAUAUCUAUUCCUGUUGGGCAUGUGGACUUCUUCUUAAAUGGUGGAAUGGACCAAGCCGGUUGCGCACGUUCAAAGUUUGCUUCAAUUUUUAUCUACUUUCCAGUGUAUGGUUAUGUCAUUUGUGACCACAUGAGGGCACUGCACGUCUACAUGAGCGCCCUGAACAGCUCCUGUUCGCUUAUUGGUUUCCCCUGCUCCAGCUAUGAGGAAUUCCUGGCAGGAAAAUGCAUCACCUGCGAGGGCCCCUUCAGUGGCACAUGCCCACAAAUAGGCUUGUUAAAGAACAGUGGGAUAACAGCGACUCCCCUGCCAAAUCAAGAGAAGGUCUAUCUCCUGACCACUGCUACGGCUCCUUAUUGUGCACAUCACAUCCUAGUGGAAUUGAAGGUUUCCCCUUUAGACAAGAAUGCUGAUGUUCAGCUCACCCUGAUCUCCAUGGGACACCCUGAGACAGAGCUAAAACUCAAACUAAAUACAGAUGAAAUGGUGUAUAAAACGUUGACUGCACACCCGGAGCAAUUGUGUAAAAUUGAUUCAGUGCAGCUGAAAAACACAGGCGCACGAUUCUACAGACAAGGAGAUAUUCAUUUUGAGUAUAUCUGCAUCUCUGAAGUCCCUAAAACCAGAGGGCUGGAUCCAUUAUGUGUUAAGAACAUUAAUAUUGGACGGGGAGUACAAUGGUCACAUGACUUUGUACAGGUGUGCUAAAUUUAAAAAACAACAAAACUAAACAUAAAAUCGACUUAAGAGAGCUUAAACGUUAACCAGCUUUUAAAGUCUUAAAUUAGUGAAACUCAAGCAAAGGUCACACACUAAAACUUGGGUUGGGAGGCAUUAAAGCUCACCGACAAAGACAUAAAUAGGAUACAAGGGGACUGAAAUGCAUAAACUCUAUUAGAUAUAUUUAUUGUGUUUUCACAAAAUGACUUCUUUUAGCCCUUAUACAA